CGUGGCCAUCCCAGUCAUCAUGAAAAGCAACAUUUUCCUCUCCAUUUCCAUUUCCAUUUCCAUUUCCAUCUCCUCUGAAUCCUUUCUUCUUUCUUUCCCUUUCUUCAAUCAACCAAUCAACCAGUCAACCACAAAAAACGCUCACACUCUCUUUCCCCCUUUCACGCUCCCUUCUCCUUUGAUUUCCAUUUCUGCCACUCCCCCUCUCUUUCUCUAAUCUAAUCACCCCCAAUCCCCGUCGGUCCUAUGCAAAUUAGGAUUGAUUCCCAAUUAGGGUUUUGAUCCUUUUGGUCAGAAAUCCAAGAAAUGGAUUCGGACGAAGAGUUCGACAUGCUCGACGCCAACGAUGACGACGACGACGAUUUCUACAGUGGCGGCGAUGAUGAUGCAGCUGGCGCUAUGGACAGCGACGACGCUGGAGUUGCUGAUUACGAGUUCAUCGACAACGACUCCGACGAUUCCAAUGAUGUCGCCUCGCAUCGAUACCAGCAAAACUACACCGUUUUGACAGAGGCUGACAUUCGUCAGCAUCAAGAGGAGGAUAUUGUGAGGAUAUCUACAGUGCUUUCUAUUCUAAAAGUUGCAGCUAGCAUACUACUCCGCUACUAUAAUUGGAGUGUCAGUAAAGUACAUGAUGAGUGGUUUGCAGAUGAAGGAAAGGUUCGCAGGGCUGUUGGCUUGCCCGAGAAACCAGUUGUUGAAUACCCUUAUGCAAGUGAACUUAAUUGUGGGAUUUGUUUUGAGACCUAUCCUCAUGAUAAGAUGCAUGCUGCAGCUUGUGGUCAUCCUUUUUGUUCCUCAUGCUGGGCAGGCUAUAUUGGCACGGCCAUUAAUGAUGGCCCUGGAUGUUUGAUGUUGCACUGUCCGGAUCCAUCUUGUAGUGCUGUUGUUUUCCAAGAUAUGAUUAAUGAUUUGGCUUCCUAUGAAGAGAAGGAGAAAUAUUCGCGCUACUUUCUUAGAUCUUAUGUUGAAGACAAUAGGAAGACCAAAUGGUGUCCUGCUCCAGGCUGUGAUUAUGCUAUAAAUUUUAUUGUUGGUGGUGGAAGCUAUGAUGUUACCUGCCGCUGUUCAUAUAGCUUUUGCUGGAAUUGUACUGAGGAAGCUCAUCGUCCCGUUGAUUGCGGCACUGUGUCAAAAUGGAUAAUGAAGAAUAGUGCAGAAUCUGAAAAUAUGAAUUGGAUAUUGGCUAAUUCCAAGCCCUGCCCAAAGUGCAAACGGCCGAUUGAGAAAAACCAAGGUUGUAUGCACAUCACUUGCACACCACCUUGUAAAUUUGAGUUUUGCUGGCUUUGCCUCGGUGCGUGGUCGGACCAUGGUGAAAGGACGGGUGGCUUUUAUGCAUGUAACCGUUAUGAGACAGCAAAGCAGGAGGGAGUGUAUGAUGAGGCAGAGAAACGAAGAGAGAUGGCCAAGAACUCUCUGGAGAGGUACACUCAUUAUUAUGAAAGAUGGGCAACCAAUCAAUCGUCCCGGCAAAAAGCACUUGCAGAUUUGCAGCAGAUGCAAACUGUGCAUCUUGAGAAGCUGAGCGAUAUCCAGUGCCAACCUGAGUCACAGCUGAAGUUCAUUACAGAGGCCUGGCUACAGAUAGUUGAAUGUAGGCGAGUACUAAAAUGGACAUAUGCUUAUGGAUAUUAUCUACCGGAGCAUGAACAUGCCAAGAGACAGUUCUUUGAGUACUUGCAAGGUGAAGCUGAGUCUGGGUUGGAACGGCUUCAUCAAUGUGCAGAAAAGGAGCUACAAGUCUACCUUAAUGAUGAGGACCCAUCAAAAGAUUUCAAUGAGUUCCGCACAAAACUUGCUGGAUUGACCAGCGUGACUCGAAACUACUUUGAAAAUUUAGUUCGAGCUCUGGAGAAUGGUCUGUCAGAUGUGGAUUCCCAUGGUGCCUGCAGCAGGACAGUAAGCUCAAAGUGUUUGGGAGGUUCAAGUAAGGGAAGAGGUGGGAGGGGCAAGGCUUCAACAUCCAAGUCUAGUGGUUUGAGUAGAAACAUUGACGAUUUAGGCCACUGGUCCUGUGAACAUUGCACCUUUGCAAAUGUCAGGUCGGCCAGUGUGUGCCAGAUGUGUCAACAGCGCCGGUAACUUGUGUUUCCUAUGCAAAUUGGCCUAAUCGGUUGUGGAAGCCUUGGUUUUGCCUCUUUGGCUGGCAGAUUGCAGCGGAGAAUUGGCCUGGCGGGUUGGGAUUGCAAGUGCGAGGAGGAUGCACAAAAUAACAAGGGUGGGAGGAAGAGACUGUCUUGCUUGUUUAUAGGAACAUGAGCUGUAUAUAGUUCCUGUUGUUCUCCUAGCAUUUACGUGGCUGUCUUGAUUCAUGCAGAUGCAAAUGCCCAGGAUCUGUAAUUUUCAUGUCAUUAAUCAGUUGCUGAUAAAAUUGUAGCAAAGUUUGAAUAUUUAAAAAAGUCGGGGGUGGUGGUUGUAACUUGCAAGAGUGAACUAGUCCCCUGCUGCGCCUGCGCAAAUUAAAUAAGUUACGUACUAUUUAUCUACCUAUUUUUCUCAUCUUGAAUGUUAUCGAACGAAAUCCCCUUUGGGUUUUCCUUUCGCUCCAA